AUGGCCCAAAUAAGCGAGCAAGAGGCUAAAAAAGGGAUCGACAAAGUAGUUGCUGCUCUGCGGAAAGAUAGCUUGGCGCUUGAGGAACUUGGGCGACUUGAGAAAGUGACAAAUAUUUUAGGAUUUGGCGCACCAACCCCUGGGUCUGUAUCAGGCAAUCCAACAAGAGUGAAGGAAGAGGCCAGAUGGUUGGCCAAGUUAAGGCAUCUAUUGACUCAAAGACUGGCAAAAUUCAGAGCUGCUCUGUGUUUCGAGAUCUUGGUUACGGCAGAGCCUUCAAUCUACGAGUCCAAAUGA